CUACGAUUGCUACGUUUCCGUUCAAUCUUAAAGCUGUGGGAAAUGUAGUAAGAUGCAAACCAGUGUAUUCGAGUCGAUCGUUCACGUUCACAUGUCUACAUUUAAAUGCAUCAAAGCUGGUUCCUUAGGUUUCAGGGAUUGCCCAUCACUUUUCUUGGUUUUUAUUUUUAGUUGCACAGCACUGACGCUUGUUAUGCACAGAAAACCCAUUUUGUUUAACUGUGAGUAUGCCAACCUUUAUGAAACAGGCUUCUGUCCUGAGAGCGCACAUGUCAGCUUUUCCAUCCCGGAUCAGGGUGGAGGUGGAGGUGGAGGCAGAAACAGCAGGGCUUUUUCCCAACCUUUUUUAAAAAAAUCCAUCUACUUGAGCACCAUUGCUGUUUACGAACAGCUGAGCACACAGGAUGAGUUCACACACAUGUGUGUAUGUGCUUCAUGACAGGAGCUUGAGACACGGACGCAGGCGCAUCUUUCAAAACGUGUGCCAAUGUUUCUCUGUGUUAGAGGACGGUGCUUUGGCUCACAGUCUUCAAGAGCAGGAAAUUGAGCAGUUCUACAGCACCAACAUCCAGAAGAACCAGGCGGUGCAGAACGAUGUUCGUUUGGCCCGGAGGCUGCAGGAGGAAGAGGAGCAGCGAGCAGAUCUCCGCCGGGACCUGAGGCAGCUCGAGGAAGAGGACUGCAGAUAUGCACAGAUGAUCCAGGAGGAGCUCCAGAUGUGUGCAGAGGAGGCCAGGAGGCGAGAGAAAGAGGACGAGGAAAUCGCUAAACAGCUACAGGAAGAAGAAGAAAUGGAGAUGAGACGGCAGAUGGUUGCUGCUGGUUGCAAUGACAAUGACUGUGCUUCUCCACUCUGUGAAGGUUUGGGAGUCUGGGAGCAGGUGCUUCAGGACGCUGAGAUGGCCCGUAGACUUCAGGAGGAAGAGGAUAUGCUGCCUCACAGAGAGGUUCCCCAGAGCUCUGGUCCAGAGGUGGAUUUCAUUGCGGCCCAAGUUGCCCAAGAUGAGGAGAUCGCCCACUAUAUGCAGCGCCAUCAGAGAAGAGUCAAAAACUGGCCACAAGACCUAGAGAUCCAGACCAGACCUCCUGAACCAAGAGAAGAAGGAAACACCACAACCAUGAAGUCUCUUCAGAUGUUGCGUGAGAGGCUGAACUCAGACGGACUGCAUUCACCGGUGGAAGAGGAAGACUAUACCAUUGAAAGCCAUCUAGCAAGCCCAUCAGGCACUGCGCUCCGAAGCCAACACAUGCACAAUAUUGCAGAAGAACUGGACCCAACGUUUAAGGCUAGGAAGCGCGAGAGCCAAAUUUCCACCAGCCCCCCAUCAGCAGGUCUAUGUUUGGCCCCUCGUAACCCGCACAGUAUUUUUUAUGACUACUUACCAGAACCCACCUUCAUACCACCAACUAAACGGCAGAGCGACAAAGCAGGACGUCACAAAGCCAAAGACAAGAAAGAGAACUGUAAACAGCAGUGAUCAUGUGACUAACUUGGUGUUGUCUUUUAAGUGUCAAUUUAUGGACACACAUUAAACUGUUAGACUGAGUUUCAGGUUUCAUGGUUUCAAGGGAAAUAUACGUAAUUUAAUAUAAGCACGUACUUUUAAACUAUUAAAAUACACAGAAGUGAAGUUCCUUCAUUAUAUGAUGUUAAAAAACCUGUUUUAAAGGUAGGGUAGAUGAUUUCGGAGAGGCUAGCAAUAGCAAGCUAGUUUUGAAAGCAUAAGAUCCCACCCUCUCUAUAAAUCACUCUUACAUGAUUAGAGAUGGCAUUGGUGGAGGAUUCAAUGCGUAAUAUUACAAUAAUAACACCUUUCAUCAUCGAUUGAUCUGCAGGAAUAUGAUUGGACCAACAUUUUAUGCUCCUACUCCUUCCACAGACAAUAUCAAUACCUAUAAAUACAUUUAGACCACUUAACUUGGUGAUUGGUAUAAGGAUGUGAAGAGACUUUCAACCAGCAUGACAAAAUAGUUUUUGAACCAAAUCACCUACCCUGCCUUUAAAUGCUUGUAUUAAAGUUUUUUUCAUCUACAGGUUUAGUCAUUUAAUAUACAUCCAGUGGAAUAACAUCUUUGUUAUUAACAACUAAAACAAGUAAAAAAAAAAAUGUUAAAAAGACACCACAGGCCUUUUAUUUUAUGUCUGUAUAAGGGAUGUCAUGCCUUAUUUCUGCUAUUUCUGUGUUGUGCGAUACAAUCGCCUUAGUUCAGCAUUUUCCAAGGGUUUUAAUGCACAUUUGUUUUGUAAAUGUUUGUUCCUCAUUUUCAUUUGCAAUACUGUUUACUGAUAUCAUUGGGAAACAUUCAUCUGAAGUCUUUUACCAGAAUGUGAAGAUUCAGGGGUUUUGCAGUUGGAAAUUUAGUGGAUUUAAAUGAAUGCUAUGCAGGGGAAUUCUGAUGGUGUUGAGAUAAAAUAUCAAGCACUGUCACAUCCUGACAGCCCACAGUAUUUCAGUGCAGAGGUCUCUGCACCCCCCACACACACUUUAACCUUUUGUGCAUGUGCAGUUCGGCGAUGACAUCAACCGCAUGAAGGCCUCUCUGUUCUGAAAGGCUAAAGAUCAUCUGAACCCGUGCUGAGUCUAGAUUUUUGAGGAUUUCUGCUUUGUUGUUUUUUGUUAACAUCUUAGAUAUUUUCAUAAAAGUCAAAUUUGAGCAUGAAUGCCUCUUUUCUUAAAGGAAAAGUGGGCAACUGAACUUGUAUGAUGUUCAGAGUUGUCAUAUUUUAUUUUUUUUUCUUUGUAACAUCUUACAGGUUUUCAUAAUAAAAGUCUUUUGAGCACA